AUCGCUACUUAUAUUACCCUUCUUGUCUUCUUCACCCAAACUAGCCGUUCCCACUUCCCAGCUGUCCAAACAAACCCUCAUUUUAGAGAGAGAAAAUCUCUCAAACCCCCAUUUUUCCAUACUCAUAAUCCAAAGAGAAAACAAUCACACUGAACAAAUCAAAAUUAAAUCAGUAACAUGGCCGACACUAGAAAACUGUUCACAAUCAUAUCCGUAGGAUUAUUCCUCGCUUUAAUCUCAGCCGUUGAUGCUGGUGGUGAUUUUGAUCCAACGGUGAUGGGUCUAUUCAGUUCUGGAUCUGGCUGCAAAGGUACAGUUGGUGAGUGUUUGGGUGGAGAAGAAGAGUUCGAGCUGGAUUCUGAAAGUCACAGGCGUAUUUUAGCAACAAGCAACUAUAUCAGCUAUGCUGCGCUUAACAGGAAUAGAGUCCCAUGUUCAAGGCGUGGGGCCUCCUACUAUAACUGCCGUCCAGGUGCUCAGGCUAAUCCUUACUCUCGUGGUUGCAGUGCUAUCACUCGCUGUGCAAGACGCUAGAAAAAAUAUAUUUUUUUAUUUCAUUUUAUAUUUCCCCACUUCUUAAUUUUCUCAAAAAAAAGGAAAGUGUAAUUUUAUGUUAUUAAUUUUAAUUUUGUGAUUUGGGGUUUGUUUGGUAUACAUGGAUAAAUGCAAGAGAAAUUUGAAGA